AUAUUCACUGAUCUGAUACGUUGUGAACAGAUAACUGUAGAAAAUUUGAGGUUCAAAAACAUACAAAAUCGCUUGAAAUGUCUAAACGAAAUUUCCAAAAGGCAUUUCUCGAUAAUGAAUCGAAAUUUCCUGUAGAAAACAGACGUCAACAAAUUAAGAAACAUACUCUGGAUAGUGAUGAAGAGGAUGAAGUUGAUGAAGACAAUGUUCUUAAUGUUGAUGAUAUUGAAGGUGAAGAAGAAGGUAUAGCUAGAAAAGAAGGGGAACAAGUAAUGACUGCAUUCAAUAUGAAUGAAGAAAUGGAAGAUGGUCAUUUUGAUAAAGAAGGUCAUUUCAUUUGGAAUAAUGAAAAAGAAGUUCGAGACAACUGGUUGGAUAACAUCGACUGGCAUAAAAUAAAGAGUUCAAGUGAUACUAAACAGAAGUAUAAUGUUGACGAACAGGACCUAGUGCUUGAAAGUGACUCUGAGCCUGAAGACGACAAUUUCGAUGAAAUGAAAUCUUAUGAAAGUAUAUUGUCUUAUUUGAAACCUAAGGAAACCAUUAAUAAAGCAAUAAAGAGGUUGGCAGGCGCUGAUAUGAAGUUAUCUAGUGUAGAACGACUGAAACGUAAAAAAGCAGGUACUUUGAACGACAAUAAAGAUGUUACCAAUUUAACAGAGCUUGCCAAUAAAAUCCUCACCAAACUUGGUAACAUGGACAUUUAUCAAGAAACUUACGAAGGCAUAAAAGCAAAACUAGAUAAAAAUGAAAAGAAAAGUAACUCCAGAGUAAGAGAACCUGAACUUGAUAUGUAUUCUGAUGAUUUUGAGGUCAAGGAAAAGGAGAAAUUCGACGAUACUUCAAAAAAAGGUGAACAAAAUGAUUCUAACGAUCAAUCUGGGGAGUUGAUGUGGGAGUUCAAAUGGAAAAUAGAAGAUGAAGAAAUACACGGACCUUACCCUACUUCUCAAAUGACCAAAUGGUCCAAAGAGAAAUAUUUCAAAACUGGUGUAAUGGUUAGAAAGUGUGGAGAUGAUUCUAAAUUCUAUACAUCAAAUAGGAUAGACUUUGAGUUAUAUGAAUAGGCACUUUAUUGUAAUGACUUCCAAAAUAAAUAUAUACUUUUAG